UCGAAGCCGAGCCCAUUUCACAGCCGUACUUUCUUGGUUAUUUUGGAUUAGCAGGUAGCUGUCACGAAGCUUAAAUUCGUCAAAAAGGCUAUUUUUUAAAAGAACAAUAAGAAUGAAACCAGCCGUGGACGAGAUGUUUCCAGAAGGAGCUGGACCGUAUGUGGAUCUAGACGAGGCAGGGGGCAGCAGCGGCCUUUUAAUGGACCUGGCAGCCAACGAGAAAGCAGUUCACUUGGAUUUCUUCAAUGCGUGGAGAGAAUCUUCUUGAAUGCCAUACCCAGCCUCUGCAGGCGUCUGCUGUGGUGUCACUGCAUGCUGCAUUCAUGGCAUCCAGGAGAGUCAUCUGAUUGUGAGGCUGGCGAUCAUACACUUGCCAUCUCCAUGUGGAGAAAAACUUUUCUAUUCUUAUAAACUUCAAUACCAUUCUGUUAAGGGUUGCAAACCAUUCCCUUAUUAUGCUGGUGUUGUGGAAACUCACAUUGUCCCAAAAUAUUACACAUUUUGGCAGGUUAAAAUAAGUUACGUAAAAUAAGUAAUGAAAAUGCUCAGAAAUUAGCACACACGUUGACAUUCUGACAACAUGUUCAUCCAUUUUGCAUGUAAGACUUAUGCAAUGAAGUAAUGACUAGGUGUUGUUGGUGACUAUUCAGUCGAGACUCGUGAUAAUCCCUUUUGACCAUCAUGGCAGAUGCAACUGAUAAUUUAGGAAACAGCAGAGAAUUGGACAAAAUAAUUUGCAUGGAUGCACAAAAACAUCUGCAACUUCCUCAAAAGAAUGAGGAACUGCUUUUAUUUAUGUGCACCAGUGAUGCGAUGUUGUGAGGAUUGAACAAGUAGUUGAGAAUUGCAAGUCUGAUCUGAGAAACGUACUAAAGUGAUUGAGAAAAACUGUAAUUGGUCCUGGAAGUAUUUUCUUAACUUGAAGAUUCUGUACGUGGAGACGCGUUUUACAUGUAAAUACCCUAAUCCGUUCUAAGCCCCCCAUAAUUCAGACAUACAGCAACUCUUUUAUGAUGCAUAAGAAUGCAUCAAAACAAGCAACAAAUGGCGGGAAACACAGACGACUGAAAAAGCAGUUUCUGCUCUUGCGCUCCUCUUUAAAAGAAACGGCUGUAUUUUAAGCCAAAACAACUGCUGUGUUUGAUAGAACAAUAUGUCUAUAUGCUGCCAUAGCACAUUCAUGGCACAUUAACCCCCGUUUACAGACGUCACACAACCGCUUUUGUUUCAACCCAGCCAUAAAACGAAGGUAAUUAAUCAUACUUAUUAUUCAAAAUGUGUCAGUUUUAGCUGAGAAUCAUUAAUUGAUGUCUAAUAUUUUGUUGUUUUUUUAAACGACUUUAAAAAAUUAUUCACUCGCAUAUUUUAAACUUUUAAACAAAUUAUGUCACAAUGAAAAAAAUGGUGUCUGUAAAAAAGUCAUAGAUAUCUACCUCAUAACUAUCGCUUAAUUGUAUUUUUUUUUUUUUUAAUUACUGUCGCAUUUUCUCCGAUAUUUUAAAUCAGUCAUGUCCAAAGUCCGGCCUGGGGGCCAAAUGCGGCCCGUGGUCAAAUUUCAUCCGGCCCUCAGCCUCUGUCAUAAAAUCAAUAACAUCUGGCCCGCACACAGACUUAAUAAAUUGGUCAGCAGUACUGCUACCUGCAUAUGAAGUAGCUUUCACACUAAAUGCUGCUCCUCAUUUACCGACUAAAAGGCAGCAUUACUCUAAGCAACAUUACCCCGUGUGACCUUUUACUCCCAAUUUUCUAAAAUUGCGACAACAAAAAAAAGAAAGUUAACUGCGACGGCCGACGCUUCAAGGAUAGGGUGGAAAUUGGACUAUUUCUUCACUAAAAUAUGCAACAACUGUGUCUGCCUCAUUUGCAAAGAGACAGUCGCUGUUUUUAAAGAGUUCAAUGUAAGGCGAUAUUACCAAACAUGACACGCUGACAUGUACGACAAGAUUACAGGGAAGCUACGUAGCGAGCAAUUGAAGCAACUUGAAGCUUAGUUUAAUGUUACAGCAGCAGUGUUUUGCAAGAGCCCAAGAGUUGAAAGUCUAGCCACAAAGGCUAGUUGCAAGAUUGUUGAAAUAAUAAAGCAAAUGUGACACACAUGAUGGCUUGCUAAAAUUUGCUUAAAUAUAUUGUUCUACGUAAAGGAUGUCAGCCAAGGUCGGCCCCCCACAUCUUUACCACACCAAAUCUGGCCCCCUUUGCAAAAAGUUUGGACACCCCUGUUUUAGAUGAUAAAUAAUUGUUCCAAACAAAGAAAAACUGGGGGAAAAAAACGUUUCAAAGGGUAAACAUAUGAAAAAGAAAAUCCCGACCACUCCUUGAUGUCUGCGAUUUCUGUUUCACGACCCUUGUUGAAUUACAGUGUUUCACCCAUAAAAUCCCCCCAAAAUCUGUGCUGUGGACAUUCACAGCUGUGUCUUGGCACUCAGUGAUACAUGCUACAUGGAGUUUUUGAAUCGAAACAAGGUAAGUACACGAUAUUUUCUCGUUAAAGUCAUGGCGUCUGUAAUUCUGCUCUCGCGUGCUCUCACCUCCAGAUAGGGUUUUGCUGUUUAAAAAACAUUUUUAAAAAAUGCUCUCCUGUUCAAAAUUAUACUUCCUCCAGAAAAUUGAGAUGUUAAGCUUUCCAAAGAUGUAUCACACAUGCAUAUCGAAAAAUUUUGAAAUUUGGCCAAAUUAGGGGUCUCAGAGCGGAACUUCAAGUCACCUGAGUGUUUUCCGCCAAAUACAUGUUUCAAUAGAAUAUUGCACAAUAUACAGCAAAUCUGAGUUGUGCAUCAUGUAUAAAACCAAGAAUAGAGUAAAGAAUAAAAGUUAAUACAAUUAUAUAAAGCUGUCGGAACGAAUAAAGAGGACGUUAGGAUACACAUACAGUUGUGGUCAAAAGUUUACAUACACUCGUGAAGAACAU